AGAGCGGCGCACUGCUGCUGCUGCUGACGCACACUGAUCCUCUCAUCUCCUCUCCGCCACUCCACAGUCAGUCGGAGCUUGCAUCGGACCCGCGCCUGAGCUCCCCACCAGCCAUGGGCACCCGGCCCCACCGCCAACCUCCUCUCGCCAGCCUCGCCGCUCUCUGCCUACUCUUGGUCGCUGGGUCGCGCCCGGCGACUUCAGAUACCAGUGUGUUUUUGAUGUACAGUGAGAGAGCAAGAAGUUGCCUGGAGAACCGAGGAUCCAGUGUAGGGCUGACCCUGGCCUGCAACGAGAGCUCCAGAAGCCAGCAGUGGAAGUGGGUGUCCAGGCUGCGCCUCUUCAACUUGGAAUCCGGGCGGUGUCUGAGCAUUCAGAGGAAGAACGGAACUGCGCCUAUCCUGGGGAUGACGGAGUGUGACCUGGAGUCUGCCCAGAUGCGAUGGCAUUGUGACAGUCUAGGCAAUCAGCUCAACAGCAUCCUGAAUCUGCAGCCUGAAGCCGCUGCCACAGGCUCUGAUGCCCUGUGGAGGGUAUACAAUACUGAUGAGGACCUGUGCUCUCGACCAUAUCAUGAGAUCUACACCAUCCAGGGGAACUCCCACGGGAAGCCCUGCACCAUCCCAUUUAUAUACGACAGCCAUUGGUUCCAUGACUGCACCGUCAUUGGGCGGGAAGAUGGCCACUUUUGGUGUGCAACGACGGUGGACUACGGGAAGGAUGAAAGAUGGGGAUUCUGUCCCAUCGCAAGUGAUGACUGUGAGACCUUCUGGGACAAGGACCCACUGACCAACAGCUGUUACCAGUUCAACUUCCAGUCAACACUGUCAUGGAGCGAGGCUCGCACCAGCUGCCAGCAACAGAAUUCCGAUCUCCUCAGUAUCACCGAACUCCAUGAGCAGACCUACAUCAAUGGCCUGCUGACUGGCUACAGUGCGACUCUUUGGAUUGGCCUGAAUGAUCUGGACAUUAAUGGUGGCUGGCAGUGGUCAGAUGGGUCCCCACUGAAGUACCUCAACUGGGAGAGAGAUCAGCCAGUGAACUCAUUAGAGGAAAAUUGUGGGGUUAUCCGGACUGAAUCUUCAGGAAGGUGGCAAAACAAAGACUGCGGCAUCGCUAGGCCAUACGUCUGCAAGAAGAAGCCAAAAUUCAAUGACCGUGUAACAAUAGAUUCCUGUGCCAAUCAGACAACCAAGUGUGAACCCGGCUGGUUGAAAUUCCAAUGCAAUUGUUACCGGCUGAAUCGAGAAAACAAGAGCUGGCAGGAAUCCCAGAAGAGCUGCAUGCGGUCUGAGGGCAGCCUGGUCAGCAUCCACCACCUGGCUGAGCUGGAAUUCAUCCUCACCCAAGUCAAGCAAGAUGUUGAGAAGUUGUGGAUUGGUCUCAACGACAUCAAACACCAGAUGAACUUCGAAUGGUCAGAUGGAAGUCCUGUUCAGUUUACCUACUGGCAUCCCUUUGAGCCGAACAACACUGCAGACAGCCAAGAGGACUGCGUCAUUCUCUGGGGCUCGGAAGGUUGCUGGAAAGACGGUCCCUGCAACAGCAUGUUGCCAGCCAUCUGCAAGAAACCUGGCUAUUUUUCCACAGAGGAAGAGAUGGAGGACAGCCUCGGCUGUUCAAAGAACUGGAGAUUACAUGGCUCUUCAUGCUAUUUUGUGGGUGAGGAAUUGGUGACCUUUGACGAAGCCUUGAAGAAAUGCACAGAUCAAGGGUCAACUCUGGUGACCAUCCUCAACAGAUUUGAACAGUCAUUUAUCAUCAGCCUGAUUCUUGGUCGCUCUGGUAACUUCUGGACGAGUCUACAGGAUGCCAACCACCCAGGGGCCUUUCAGUGGAUAGGAGGCGAUGCUGUCUCCUUUACCAACUGGAAUCGAAACCAACCAGGUUACAAAGGUGGCUGCGUGGUGCUGGCCACAGGGAACUCUGUUGGAUUGUGGGAGGUGAAGGACUGCCACAACUUCCAGGCCAAGUUUAUCUGCAGGCAGAAUCUGGCAACCUCUUUUGACCCAGGGGCCGGUUCAGUGACAGUGACUCCGACACCCAGUGUUACUGGAAGCUGCCCGUCAGGAUGGGUAUCGUCCCCAACACUCCGAUAUUGCUAUAAGGUGUUUCACUUCAACACCAUCUAUGGUAAGAAGAACUGGGUGCAAGCACACAUGUUCUGCCGUGAGCAAGGAGCUCAAUUGCUCAGCAUCAGCAGCUUUGAAGAAGAGAAGUUUGCUGAAAAAAUUGUCCAUGACAUAUUUGGGGAAUCGGAGGACCAUGAGUAUCAUUGGUUCUGGCUUGGGCUGAAUAGGCGGAACCCUGGGACUGACCGCAGCUGGACAUGGAGUGAUGGGACAGGAUAUUCCUACAAUAACUUUGGGCGGGAUACCUACGACGACGACAACAUCCGUCGCUGUGCGGUCACAGAUAUCGCUGCCUCACUGUGGCGUUCUGUGCGAUGUGAGAUUCAGCUGGACUGGAUUUGCAAGAUACGCAAAGGAGCAAUUGUGAAAGAACCAGAAGACACUGAAGAUUCUUCAAGCAACAAGUGGGUGCGUUUCAAGGAUGCUGAGUACAAGUUCUUUGAACAUCGCUCCACCUGGCCACAGGCCCGUCGGAUCUGCACCUGGUUCCGAGCGGAACUGGCAUCCAUUCACAGCCAACAGGAGCUGACCUUCCUGGAACAGAGUCUUCAGGAGCUCUCUCGAGUUCAGGACCAGCUUUGGUGGAUUGGCCUCCACACCUACGAGAACGAUGGACGAUUCAGGUGGUCUGAUGGCUCACUGCUGAACUUCGUAUCCUGGGCCUCUGGGAGGCCAAGACCAAUUUCGAGAGAUAGAAAAUGUGUUUACAUGUCGCCCGUUAAAGGAGUGUGGGGUGACCAGAGGUGUCUGAAUGAUCUGCAGUACAUAUGUAAACGGACAAACACCUCAGUAAUAAAGCCUCCUGUCCUGCCACUACCCUCUGUGCAAUAUGGGGGUUGCCCAAAGGGAUGGAUUCCAUUUGUAAAUAAGUGCUACCAGAUAAAUGGAUAUACUAAAAUGGGUCGUCUUAACUGGAUUGAAGCGAAGGCUGCUUGUGAGAGAGCAGGAGGGCUACUGGCAAUGAUCUCCAAUUACCACGAGCAAGCCUUUAUAACAGCCUUGCUUCCGAACAUCACCUUCGACCUCUGGAUUGGGUUGCAUGACAUGAGCAAGGACUUCCAGUGGCUACAGAAGAAACCAUUGAAGUAUAUCAACUGGGCUCCUGGUGAGCCUUCAGGCCAGCACAUCUCCUCCACAUCCAGUGAUCUGGAAAACUGCGUGGUGAUCUGGCAUGCCUUACACCCCCAGUUCACUGGACGUUGGGAUGACAGGAGCUGCACCAAUGAUAAAAAUGGCUACAUUUGUCAGAGAAGCAAAGACACAUCUCUACCAUCCGUACCUGCCAAGUUCCCACCUACCCUCACGUCGAAGUUGACCUACAUGAACAGCACCUACCGGGUAAUUCAGAAGCCCCUCACAUGGCAGGAAGCUGCUUGGCUCUGCGAGACUCGAAACGAGACCCUGGUCACCGUGAUGGACCCCUACCACCAGGCUUACCUCACACAGGUCAUCAACAGUGUCCAGUUCCCCGUCUGGAUUGGACUCUCCAAUGAAGAGGGAGGCAGGACCUACUCGUGGCUCGGCGGGGAGGAGCUGUUUUACUCCAACUGGCAGGAUGGCGAGCCCCAUCAGGUCGCAGGCUGUGCUCGGAUGGACGUGGACGGCACGUGGCAGACGUCCAACUGCGACGUCAAGCUGAAUGGAGCCAUCUGCCUCGCAGCGGGAGAUUCAUUGUCCGCCAAGUCAAAUUUCUCUGGAAGUUGCCCAACUAGCCUGGAGGAUUCCUCUUGGAUCCCCUUCCGCAAUCACUGUUACACCUUCCACUUGGAGAAGAAAGCGAGCCGCAAAGAUGCGGCCAAGUUCUGUCAGAAAGUGCGAGGGGCAGAGAUGCUGUCCAUUCUUGAUGAGACAGAGAACGUCUUUGUGUGGGAACAUCUACAGACGUAUGAAAAUGAUACCAAAGGUGCCUGGCUCAGCCUCACGUACAACACAAAGGGUGGCACACUUGUCUGGUCCAAUAAGACACCAUUGAACUAUUCAAACUGGGCUCCAGAAACUGAGAACAUGAGCUUAAUGAGCCCAAACGCAUGUUACUGGAUCAAGAGCAACACCGGCAUCUGGGCAAUUGGUCCCUGCACCAGCAUCGCGCUAGGCAUCGUCUGCAAAAUGCCAAGAGCCGAAGAAAGCAGUCUUGCUGUUUCCUCCAACCUGCAAGGCCGCACCCUGGAUAUCAUCCUGUACGUGCUAGGUGCGUUGGUGCUCCUGACAGUGGUGGUGGUGGUCCUGCUGCUGCUGUAUCGCCGGCGGGCAGCCUUGGGCUCACGGCGCAGAGCCUUUGAGAGUGCGCGAUACAGCCGAACAUCCUCUGCGCCCAGCGAGUCGGUGGAGAAAAACAUCCUGGUGUCCGACAUGGAGAUGAACGAACAGCAGGAAUAACGCUGGGCCUUUUCUUCAUCCUCGAGCAGUAUGGAAAGCAUAGACUGGUGAUCGGAACACAAAGAGCUGAGUCCCACCACCGUAAUGUUCGGGAUGCAGUUGGCACUGCUUAGUGGGGACAUGCCUUUAUAGGAAACUUGUUCAUUCCCUAUGUGUAUAUGUAUAUAUAAUAUACUGUAUGUAUGUAUGUAUUAUAUAUAGAUAUACAGAAUAUAUUUACAUCACACUGGUAGAUUUUGCCUCACUGCGAUGAUCUGACAAUGGAGGCAAUUUGUAUCCAUGAGGGCACCCCAAUAAACAAGCUUCAACUGUCUUAUUGACUAUGGUGCAGGAGUGUUUUUAUGUAAAAGUGCGUAAAACUAAGUGUAAAAUUGUCAUGCACUACGUGUGAUGAGCCUUCCGUCGGUUUCAGCUUGGUAAAGAUGUUGGCCACAGUGUAACCCCAGUCAUUUUGCAGAUGAAAAUGGAAGAAUAUGUUUACACUGAGUGAGAGAGACCUGAACUGUUCACCCUUGACCUUGAAAUAUUUCCCAAGAACUGCAAUUGAUCUCCUUGUGACUCCAACCCUCUAGAAGCUGUGGAAAGCUUAGAGCAGCACAGAAAAUAGACAGAGGUGACACUAGUACAAGGGUUCCCAACCUUUUUUAUGCCAUGGACCCAGGUUGGGAACUCCUGCACUAGAAGAAUCUUAACAGAUUGGGGGGUGUACUCGAUUGAUACAGGAUGAUUUUUAACUCCUCUGACCUGUCACUUGUUAAACACUUGACUCAUAUUUAAGGUUGUUUGUGUUUGGCAGAAUGGAGCAAAGGAAACAUUUCUUCUGGUGGGGAAAUUGGAAUCAGGGUGGGGGGGUGGAGGGAAUAAGUGGUGAUGUCAGGAAUGGCAGCAUCAAAAUGCUGGAACUCUGCCUGUAGAUACCAGAGGUUAGAGGUCAAUUGAUUAUGUCAAAAUUGGUAUUAAAGACCUUUGAUAGGAAGGUACACCAAGAGUUGCAAGUGUAAAAGGAAAAUGGAGUUACGAUUCAAACUAAGCAUAACCUGGUAGAAGGGCAGCACAGAGUUGAGGGCUGAAUGGCCUUCUGUUUUUGUCUCAAUUUGCAUUCAGCCAGGAGUUGAAAAACCUGUCUUUAAAAGUUGUUUGAACAUUUUCAUUGUGAAGGCAGAAGAGACAGAAAUGAACCAGAUCAGAUGUGGAGCAUGUUCAAGUUGGCAGAUGUGGGAACAUCUUUUCCAGAUGUCCAAUGUCUCCUGUUUGAAAGACAGGUAAUGGAAAUAUGGGAUCUGUGAAAGAAGUGUCCACUUCUAAUGGGCCAGUAGGAAGUUUUCUGGUUCCUGAGGGUUGCUACCCUCAUUAGAUUUUUAUUGUAUCAGUCUGGGGAAGUGACUGGUCAACAGAUCACAGAGAAGAUUUCAAAGAAAUGUGGUUGGUAGGUUAAUUGGCCAUUGUAAAUUUCUCUCUAUGUGAAUGGAAGAACCUGGGACAAGUUGUGGGAAAGGGCAGAGAAUAAAAUGGGCUUAGUGCUGGGUGGGUUUAAAUGGCUGGUGGAUGGCUAAAAGAUCCGUUUCUGUGACCCUGAGUCCUAAUAUUGGUGGAAAGUAGGUGAAGUGUUCCUAGAGAAGAAUAGAGGGCUCAGGGAAGCUUACAGAUACCAGUGAGGAACGAUGUUGGUGAAGGAUGGGAUAUUGAGGCAAUGAGGGGGAAGAGGGGAGCAGAGCUGAUAGUUUGGGAGGACUGGAGCCACAAGGUAAUGUUGCAACUCUAUAAAACUCUGGUUAGACACACUUGGAGUAUUGUGUUCAGAUCUGGUCACCUCAGUAUAGGAAGGAUGUGGAAGCUUUAGAGAAGGUGUGGAGGAGAUUUACCAGGAUGUUGCCUGGAUUGGAGAGUAUGUCUUAAGAGGAAAGGUUGAACAAGCUCGAGCUUUCCUCUUUAGAGCAAAGGAGGAUGAGAGGUGAUUUGGUAGAGGUGUACAAGAUGGUAAGAGGCAUGGAUUAAGUGGACAGUCAUCACCUUUUUCCCGGGGUGGAAAUGGCUAAUACGAGGGGGCAUUAUUUUAAAGUGAUUGAAGGAAAGUAUAUGGGGGAUGUCAGAGGUAAGUAAGCCGGCUGGUGGCGUAGUGGCAUCAUUGCUAGACUUUAGAGCGAAGGCUCCUGAGUUCGAAUCCGUCCGUGCUGGGUUGAGCAUUGAGCUAGCAACUCAGCCUCAUAAAAACAAGAAAGCCUGCUAAAAAAAAAAACCAUCACGACGGCGUCCCGAU